AUCCUUCAUUAGCUACUAGCUAGAAUCCUGUGCUAGUACUUUCAUUUAACUGUUAGCCGGUGUUUUGCACCUUUGUCCUAAGAAAAUGGAUAACUCUGGAAAAGAGAAGGAAGCCAUUCAGCUUAUGGCUGACGCUGAAAAAAAAGUGAAGUCUUCAGGGACUUUCUUGGGAGGAAUGUUUGGCGGCGGGCCCCAUAGAGUGGAGGAGGCGUGUGAGAUGUAUGCCAGGGCAGCCAACAUGUUCAAGAUGGCCAAGAACUGGAGCGCUGCCGGUAAUGCGUUCUGCAAGGCAGCCCGCCUCCACAUGCAGCUCCAGAACAAACACGACUCUGCUUGCAGCUUCAUCGACGCAGGGAACGCCUUCAAGAAGGCCGACCCUAACGAGGCAAUCAAGUGUUUAAAUGCAGCCAUCGAUAUAUACACAGACAUGGGAAGGUUCACCAUUGCAGCCAAACACCACAUCACCAUCGCAGAGAUCUUCGAGUCGGAGAUGGUGGACGUUGAAAAGGCGAUUGCCCACUACGAGCAGGCAGCAGACUACUAUAAGGGAGAGGAGUCUAACAGCUCUGCUAACAAGUGUCUACUGAAGGUUGCUGCCUACAGCGCCCAGAUGGAACAGUACCAGAGGGCCAUUGAGAUUUACGAGCAGGUUGGAUCCAGCACCAUGGAUAACCCCCUCUUGAAAUACAGCGCCAAGGAAUAUUUCUUCAAAGCCUCCCUGUGCCACUUCAUCGUGGAUGAGCUGAACGCAAAGCUGGCUGUGGAGAAGUACGAGGAGAUGUUUCCUGCUUUCUCUGACUCCAGAGAAUGCAAGCUGUUGAAGAAACUUCUGGAAGCUCAUGAGGAACAGAACAGUGAGGGUUUCACAGAAGCAGUGAAGGAGUUUGACUCCAUCUCUCGCCUGGACCAGUGGCACACCACCAUGCUGCUGCGCAUUAAGAAGAGCAUCCAGGGCGAUGAGGGCGACCUGAAGUGAAGUUACCUCAGGGAGAAGCCUCUUAGCGAGGGGACCUGCCCUGGUAUGCCUCUCCUCUCCCUCCUCCAUCAUCUCCUAUUGUGUUAGUGUAAUGACUCACUACAGAGUCUCCAUAGACUACACAUCUACACUCAACAGCAAUGCCUAAAGAGCAUCUUUAGAUCAGGAUACUUGGGUUUCAUUCCAAAUGUACCAUUUAUUUAUAGUUCUAUGGUUUCUACUGUGUCUCAGUAUUAACAUCCACCAAAGGUAGUCAGGGUGUGGAGCCGUUAUAACACACGUCUCUGUGGAUGACAGCCGGUCCCUCUCCUCUGGUCGACCAGUAACCAAGGAGAUCUGAGAGGUCCAGACCACUUCUACUGAAGCAUUAUCAAGAUGUUAGCAUUGAGAUCAAGCACUGCAUGAUUUCUACAGUGGCGAUUUGGUCUUCAGUUUCAGCAGAUGUGACUGGCUUUUAAUCUAGAGAUGAGUAACUAUAUGAGCAUAUAUUUUAAUAUCAAAUACUUGGAAUUAUUAGUGUAUUUUGUUUUAUUUCUAAAGGUUGUUUGGUUGAUAGUGACCAUCAUAGUAUGUGUGUGACACCCAACAGGAAAUGUAUUAUCAGGGAUUUUGUGACAGAAGGAAAAACAAUCACACCAUCUGAGUGGUUGUUGUUGUAGCCUGAGCAAGCACAGUAGUCCUGCCAUCUGAGUGGUUGUUGUUGUAGCCUGAGCAAGCACAGUAGUCCUGCCAUCUGAGUGGUUGUUGUUGUAGCCUGAGCAAGCACAGUAGUCCUGCCAUCUGAGUGGUUGUUGUUGUAGCCUGAGCAAGCACAGUAGUCCUGCCUACUCCUGAGGACAUCACUUGUACAAGUUAGACUGUUUAAAAUCAUCAUACAUUUUGACGGUGGGUUUAUGGUUUCCCUGAGUCUCUUCUUUUUUGUAAUUUACUAUCAACUGAUUUUUAAGGGGGUGGAUGAACCACCAAUACAUUUUUUACUUUGUAUGUCCAGCAGUGUGAAGUAUCUGCCCGUAUGUGUGUUUUUAAAUGGACUAGUUCUACCUUCCCUGUACACGUGAGGGCAGUCUCUUCAAACAGCCUGUUCCAUGUAGCCCGUUGUGUGGUAUGUUGUGACUUAGGUUCACCUGUAGAGCACCUCCUAGAUGCCCUUCUAGAGCAUGUCAGCGGGCAGCUUACUGUCGUGUUACUUGGAUUGGCGUGAACGGACUGCACAGGGGUUAGCUAACGUUUCUACUGAAUCAACCUAAAUAUCUCUGGCUAAAUAAUGGUCUUUUUAUUGACUCUGUCCAUCUGUGUAAAUGUACAGUAAUAAAAAAACACCAAUAU